GCCCUUCAUCAACAGAGAGUGCACAAGGCGGUGUCUUCAGAGGCAGACACUCGGGAGGGCGUGUGAAAAUGCAGUGGCUCAUAACACCAGGGCUGGGGGUGGAAUACGAGGAAAGAAAAGAUAACACUUACCACAGUAAGAAAGCGCUGGGGAGAGACCCAAAUUCAUGUUCCUUUCAACAUUAUAAGCUUUGGACUAUUAAACAACAAAGCUAUCCCUUCUCUUGUAAAUAUCAUCUUACAUGGGGGCGCCUGGGUGGCUCAGUCAGUUAAGCAUCUGACUCUUGACUUCAGCUCAGGUCUUGAUUUCACGAUUCGUGGCUUUGAGCCCUGCCCCAGGCUCAAUGCUGACAGUGCGAAGGCUGCUUGGGAUUCUCUCUCUCUCUCUCUCUCUCUCUCUCUCUCUCUGCCCCUCUGCCCCUCCCUGGCUCUCUCUCAAAAUAAGUAAACCUAAAAAAACAAAUAUCAUAUUACAUAGAGUGUAUCUGUAACCUACCUCCUGCGGUGCAUUUGUGAGACAGAGCCAAAGAAAAGAAAAAUGCCCCAAAUCCGUUUUUUCUCAAAGAGCUUCUCAAGGUCCUACACCUAGAGUAUCCCCGUGAGCAUCUCAUGCACAAAUGCAGAGUAGGCAGGACGUUCUCCUUGGCCUGCCUGGGAAGGGUGAUUGCACAGCCACAGACCAGUGGGAACUGGACCCGAAAACAGGUGAUCCCUCAGCUCUGGUGUCCUCAAGAGGAGUCCCCGCCCCACAGACUCCCAGACUUCCUAUUUAAUCCUUGCCAUCCCUUUAACAAGGCACAAGUAGGGAUAAAGCCUAAAGGGCAAAUACGCUCGGGCAAGAAUAUGUUUAUGUAAAUCUAGAUUAAGGCUUACCCAAGUGCCCUUAGACCCCUAUGUGAGAGCAGGAUUUUAGCAGCAGGCAUCUGGAAAGAGUGAAUAAGCCUUGACCAAGGAAUUGAGAUGAAGGCACAGCAAGGAGCCCCUGGGGACAGGAAAGAUACCGUGCCAACUCCGUAAUCUCACCUGUAACUUGUCUUGCCAGGAGCUGCUCUCGCUGCCAAUCUAAGGAAACCACCCAGAGGCCCCUGGCUCAGAAGGUGAGCUGUGCCUUUCCAGCGAGGGGCAGGGGCAGGGUGGGCAUCUCGAAGAGCCGAGCCCCAGGCAAGCCAUGUGGGGAUGCUAAGAAGGAAACAGGGACUGCUUUCCCCAUGCUGUUCCCUUGGGAUCUCCUGCUUCCCGGGCACGAGGACCUUUGUCCUCACCUGUGCCUCCCUCAUCCUCCCCUCUUUGGCCGCCCCACCCACCCCAGGAUUGGAGACACAGACACAGAUUUAUCCAGGGAGGCUGGAGCCAGGAGUCAGCAAAUGGAGAGAGUUGAGUUGCAAUGAACUGGCUCACGAAGGGGAGACACAACCUUGCGGGCCCACGCUGAGACAAGAAUGGCCCCACCUUCUGGGCACAGCCUCCUGCUGACCAGCGCCCUGGGCAUCCUUGUCCUGGGUUGCUUCACAGGAGGUCAGAGGAACAGCACUCUGAUCUUCACGAAGGAAAACACCAUUCGGAACUGCACUUGCUCCGCGGACGUCCGGGACUGUGACUACACUUUGGCCAACUUGAUGUGCAGCUGCCACACCGUCCUGCCUUCCGCAAUAGAGCAAACCAGCUACGAUGACCGUCUGACCGUCUGGUUCACAGAUGCAUAUGCACUGGGCCUUCUGCUGAACUUCACGUUGGUCCGGGACCUGAAGCUUUCUCUGUGCAGCCCCAACACUCUCCCUGCCGAAUACCUGGCUAUCUGCGGUCUGGAGAGGCUUCGGGUCAACACCGAGGCCAGGCAGCCGUUGCCAGAGCAGAGCUUACUCAUCCACGACGGCAGGGAAAGUGAACCCGGAGAGAAGCCCGCACGGUUACCCGGAGGCCGGCAUACAUGUAUGUGUAUCUCAUUCUUAGACGUGGCGCUUUUCAACGGGAAUUCAUCCUUAAAAGCAUACAGUAUAGAAAACGUUGCCAACACCACCAACCAUUUCCCCCACUUUUCUUACUUCGAAACCUUCCCAAUUUUGAGCAACCAAAGCUAUGUUGUCACGUUCAUUUACUAACUUUGGAAAAGGUUCCAACCUCCAGGAACUUUGGCAAACUGUGGAGAACUUGAAAAGGAAUCUGGGAACCAGGCCAUGGGUAUCCUUACCUUCAACUUCACCUGUCAGCCCAGCCCCCAUUCACAUAUACACAGGCCAUAUACACAGCCAGCCCUCUCUGCUCCGCUCCGAGCCCAACCAUGGGAGCUGUUCGGAAAAACAAAAUAAAUAGAAAGAAACAAACAAAAACCAAACCCCAAAACACAAAGCAAAAAAAAAAAAAAAAAAAAACCUACUUCAGUCCAGAACAUCUUGUGAGCCAGCUAGAGGCCAGGCCCGGGCUUCCGGGGGUCUGGGCAGAAACAUCAGAUGGGGAAUGGAGAAAGCAGGUCAUGUCAAGGACUGCUUAGCGGGACUCAGCACAGUGGAUGACGCCCCAAGGAAGAUAUCUUCCUUGAAAACACUGCCUUAGUUUCUUUUCUCUUGCUUCGUUUUGUUACACUGGACUGGAAUUCCCCUAAGAAGAGAACGCUAGAUUUCAGAUGCUUCAGGACUAUGCGUUCCACAAAAUGAUUCGGUUCUCUUUAGACUGAUGUUUUCCAAAGACCUUGCUAGAUACGUCUGCACUGAGAAAGGGGAGUUUUGAGAGUGGAACAGGCCUGGUGAGGGUGGGACCUUAGGACCAAAGGAGAGCACUGGGAUUUGAGGAGUGUGAUACAGAAACGAAAAGUCAGGGGACACAAACACCGAUGGCAUAGAUCUCAACAUUUUGCUUACAGCAAGACCUAAACCCAGGGAGUUUCUCUUGUGGACCUUUUGCUUUCAUUCUUUCUGUCUUUGCCUUCCUCCGUCUUGGUCCCCGGUGUAUCACUUCGGCUUUUUCUCCCCCUCCCCCUCCUCCUCCACUCCAGAAAUAAGAACUACAUUUAACAUCACUAGGGGCUAGUCUGGGAACCUAAUAAUCAUUUAGAAUGUGGUUCUUAUGGGCACAAAUGCUCAUACUACUAAAAUAUAAUUAACAAAAGAA